AUGCCCAUCCUACCCACCUCAAUCGAGGGCUUCUCGCCUCACUUGAACUUGAGUCCCGAACGAGCCAUCGAGGAUGGACAGUGGAAACCACAGUUAGCCCAGAGGACACACGCUCGACAUGGAAUGUCGUCUUUUCCAUGGAUGGCUCCUUUCCUGCCCACUUUGUUCACUGGGCGGACAAAUAGCGAUACAAAUACGAAUGAAAAGCAACGACAGCGUACCAGGCCGACCGCAUACCUAGAUGGAUUGCGAGGGUUUGCGGCUCUCGUGGUCUACUGGGGACAUCAUCAACUUUGGGCCCACGAUGGCGCAGGAGCUGGAAUGGCCUUCGAGCUAGCCUACGGUUACGACAACAAGUACUAUUUCGCAUGCCUUCCUGGUGUUCGAACAAUCUUCGCCGGGGGUCAUUUUGCCGUCAGCGUCUUCUUCGUGCUAUCUGGGUAUGUUCUCUCAAUGAAGCCACUGGGAUGCAUCCAGGAUGGCGACUACGCUGAACUAGGUAAAAAUCUUUCCUCUGCGGUAUUCCGCCGAUGGUUUCGUCUCUAUAUACCCGUCAUUUGCACAACAUUUUGCUACAUGACGUUUUUGCAUUUCUUUAAAAUUCGCACUAUCCCAGAGCUUCAAGGAAGCUACCUCUCGGAGCUAUGGAACUGGUACGCCGAAUUCAAGAAUUUCAGCUUCGUUCUGCGAACAGGCGGGGAGCCUUGGUUCACGUACAAUUUCCAUGCUUGGUCUAUACCCGUCGAAUAUCGAGGCUCUCUGGCUGUUUACACCGCCGCGAUCGCUUUUGCAAGGUUUCGCCGCAACGCCCGGCUGAUCGGCGAAGUCGCAUUGGUGGUAUACUUUUUGUACAUUGCGGAUGGGGCGCACUUUGCCAUGUUUAUUGCUGGCAUGCUUCUGAGAGAUCUCGAUCUCCUCGCCAUGCGCAAUGACUUGCCCGCCUUUUUUCACAGACUGGAGCCCUUCAAGUCAGCCAUUAUGACUUUACUCUUCUAUGCCAGCCUCUACCUCGGCGGGGUCCCAUCGCAUACAGAUAACUUGCAACAGCUACGUGACUCACCCGGGUGGUAUCUCUUAUCAUUCCUCAAGCCACAGGCAGUGUUCGACUACAAGUGGUUCUACCUGUUCUGGGCCGCUGUCUUCCUUGUCUCGUGCACAUCUCACCUUCAGUGGCUCAAGGCAUUUUUUGCAGCCCCGUUCAACCAGUACUUGGGCCGCAUUUCAUUUGCCUUCUAUCUAGUCCACGGACCGGUUCUGUGGAUUUUGGGAGACAGGCUCUACGCUGCAGUGGGAUUCGUGCACGAUUCACAUGCCCAAAAUUGUCCCUGGUGGAUUAAUCGUUUGCCCCUGCCUACCCUUGGUCCUUUUGGGCUUGAGGUCAACUUUCUCAUCCCACAGCUGGUUCUGUUGCCCUUGACCCUCUGGCUUGCAGAGGUCACGACUAGACUAGUUGAUGAGCCUGCUGUAAGGCUCUCUCAACGGAUGUAUCAAGAGGCGCUGGUCGACAAAACUUGA